AUGUACACCAGCACCUGCUCCGCGGCCGACGAGCGCGUGUACUGCCCGGAGUGCCGCCGCGCGACGGAGGUUGUCCUGGACCACGGCACAGGCGACACCAUCUGCACCGAGUGCGCGCUCGUCCUCGACGCGCACUACAUCGACGAGGGUUCCGAGUGGCGCAACUUCGCCGACGACGGCGGCGGCGACGACCGCGACCCCAGCCGCGUCGGCACCUCUGGCGACCCCUUCCUCAACACCAAGCUCUCCACCGUCAUCGACUACACCAACAAGACCAAGAAGUCCUCCGCCACCGGCGUGGCGACAAAGGCCCCGCCGAGGAUGUCGGUGCCGGACGCGGGGGUGGCCUCCGAAAACACCCUCGUCGACGGCUUCCGCGGCAUCGCCGACAUGGCCGACCGGCUCGGCCUCGUGGCCACCAUCCGGGACCUGGCCAAGGAGACGUUCAAGAAGCUGGACGAGGCCAAGGGCUGCCCGCGCGGCCGGAAGCGGGACUCCGUCUACGCCGCCUGCCUCUACAUCGCCUGCCGCAACCUCGGCAUGCCGCGCACGUACAAGGAGCUCGCGUCCGUCACCGCCGGGGGCGUGGCCGCCAAGAAGGACGUCGGCAAGAUGACGACGCACAUCAAGAAGCUCCUCGGGGAGGAGGACGGCCAGGUGAUGGACAUCGGCGUCGUCAGCGCCACUGACUACCUGCGCCGCUUCUGCUCCCGGCUCGGCCUGGGCAACCAGGAGGUGCGCGACGCACAGGAGGCCGUGCGGAGGGUCGAGCAAGGGCUCGACGUGCGCCGCAACCCGGAGUCGGUCGCCGCCGCCAUCAGCUUCAUGGUCGUGCAGCGCGCCGGCGCCGGCAGGUCCGUCAAGGAAGUGUCCGUCGCCACCGGCGUCGCCGAGGGCACCAUCAAGGAGGUGCACAAGGACCUCACCCCGCACGCCCAGAUGCUCUUCGGCUGAGCCUGAGCGCCCACGACAUUAACGCUUCUUGAUCCUUUGCUGUUUGGCAGGUCCUUGGCACACGCAUGCAUGCAUGUUUGCCAUGUCCACAAUUCCAAACAUGUGCUGUUCUUGGCAACUAUCUUAGUCUUGGGCAUGUGAAGUUUGUGUUGAACUCC